AUGACUAAUGAUACAAGUAAAAUAAAUAAUACAUCAACUACAAAUAAAAUUCGUCCAUGGAUUCAAACAGGUCGAUAUGAAUUUGAAACUGUAUAUCGAUCAACAUUAUGUCCAAAAGAAUGGCUUCAAGUAGAAAAAAUAUAUGUUUGUGAAUAUUGUUUAAAAACAACAAUUCAUGCAACAUCAGCAAAACGACAUCGUACAAAAUGUACACAAACAUGUCCACCAGGUUGUAAAAUUUAUAUACAAAAUGAUGUUAAUAUUUUUGAAGUAUGUGGUUGGAAAGCAAAAACAUAUUGUGAAGAUUUAUGUCUUCUUGCAACAUUAUUUAUUGAAAGUAAAGUUGAAAUAAAAAAUGUUCAUCGUUUUCGUUUCUAUGUAUUAACUGUUUGUCAUAAUGAUAAUCAAUAUGAAUUUGCUGGAUUUUUUUCUAAACUUCAAUUUCAAGAAAAACUUAAUCUUUCAUGUUUAUUAAUUUUACCACCUUAUCGUAAUCGAGGUUUUGGAAGUUUAAUGGUUCAUAUUAGUUAUGCUCUUAGUCGUUUGGCUAAUAUACAUAUAGGUACACCAGAACGUCCUUUAUCAACACAAGGAUUAUUAUGUUAUAGAAAAUAUUGGAAAUCGAAAAUAUUCGAUUAUCUUUUAACAAAAACAAAUGAUGAACAAAUUGUCAUCAAUGAUAUUAGUAAAGCAACAUCAAUCUCAACAUGUGAUAUUAUUGAAACAUUAGCAUCAUUAAAUAUGAUUCGAAUGUUAGAAAAAGAUAAAUUAAUUAUUUAUCGUUCUCAAGAUUUACUUGAUGAAUAUGAACAAAAAUCUAAAGAAAUUGAUAAUCGACAACAAAUUGUUAAUUAUGAUUCCAAAUAUUUAACAAUUAAACCAAUUCCAGUUACUUUACCAUUUGAAAAUAAAUGUAAAAAAUUAAAAUUUGAUGAUAAUGAAACAGUUAUGACAUUUUUAAAUUAUUAUCCAUCGUCAUCAACAGAAGAUAUAGACUAG